UUUUCAAAGGUUUACUAAGUAUAUUUUCAUUGGCUGAAUUUGACCUCUCACGUGACCUCAGGAUCUGUAAAUUCAGGGACGGUAUCUCCACCGAUAAAGUUAUGUGAAUGUAUGAAGUCAAAAUACUCGUCUUUUCGGGUGUAGAUGAGUAGACGGAGUCUUGAUUCAUUACAAUUCACACAGGCGUCGAUCACAUCUGAAGGAUUAAGGACAGACUCCCACGCUACAAGGCGUGGCCAGACACCAAAUUUGGGUGGUGUUUUGACUUGGAAGCACUACUUCCAAAAUGGCCGAACCUACUACUGGCACCUUGUAUUACCAGCCAAACAUGAAGUACAACACAUACGGAGCAUUUGUACAAAGAUAUGGCCUUGAUGACGGUCUGUCUGAGGCCAGAAUACAGGAGGAGCUAGAAAAUAUUCGUGAAGAACUCAAGAAAGAGAUACGCAAGGAACUCAAAAUUAAAGAAGGUGCAGAACGCAUGAUGAAAGUGACAACGGACAAAAAAAGUUUGCAGAACUUGAAUGGGGUAGUAAAAACUGCCAAUGGCAAGUUGCAAGAUUUGCAUCAAGAACUACAAGAGCUCAAUGCUCACCUAUUAGUAUCCAACAGGAAUACCCAGGACAACGUACCAGUGGAAACAGUCCAGUCCCCAGAGAAAGAAGGUCAGCCACCAGAACAGGUCACCCCUCAUAACCAGAAACUGGUAUCUUUACAAAAACAGUUGGAUAUUGAACUCAAGGUGAAGCAAGGAGCAGAGAACAUGAUCCACAUGUAUGGUGCUUCUAGGGAUAAAAAACUACUGGCAGAGGCCCAGCAGAUGCUCAGUGAUGCCAAAACUAAAAUAGAGAUUAUACGAAUGCAGAUCCUGAAAGCCAGUCAGCAGCAGCAGCAGCAGAAUAUAAGUGAGAACGAGAAGGAGAAUAAUUCCAGCUCAUACUCUCAAGCAGAAAUCCUGUCUCCACUGGAGUUGAGGAUAGAGGAACUCCGUCACCACUUGAAGAUAGAAUCCGCUGUGGUAGAGGGCGCUAAUAAUGCCAUCAAAUUAUUAAAGAAUGCUAAGUCAAUUGAUAAAAAAGCACUUCAAGAGGCUCAAAUCAGUUUAAACGAGAGCAGUCAAAAAUUAGAACUUAUACGAUAUUCCCUAGAAAGGAGAAUUCACGAACUCUCGCCUGACAUUCAGGCAUCAAAACUGCAAAUUUUAAAAGAGGAGCUCUUAGCGUCCAGUCCUGUUAGUUCUUACGUCCAGGGCAGCAAGCUGACCAAGGAGCUACAGAAGAACUCCAGUUUAGCAAGGGCAGCUGCUUUGACAGGAACUCUGCAAGUGAGGUUGAUGGGCUGUCAAGGUUUACUAGAGGACAUCCCCGGCAGAACACGGAGGAGGAACAGUGUAGGGGCAGUGGCUAGUCCGAACGAGAAAGGUGGAUUUAUGAAAAGCUUCCAUGGCAGAAGUAGCAAUAAAACGUACAGCUUGAAGGAUGAAACUUCAAGUGAUAUAAUGGCAGUGCUCAAACUUGAUAAUCAAAGAGUUGGCCAGACUGCCUGGAAACCCUGCAGUCAGCAGUGCUGGGAUCAGAGAAUGUGUAUAGACUUGGAUAGGUCCAGAGAAGUAGAGAUUGCCAUCUACUGGAAGGACUGGAGACAGAUGUCUGCUGUGAAAUUCCUGAGACUAGAAGACUUCCUGGACAACCAGAGGCAUGGUAUAGCUAUACACCUAGAACCCCAGGGAAUUCUCUUUGCAGAAAUUACUUUCUUAAAUCCAACAAUAUCAAGAGUACCCAAACUUCAAAGGCAGCGGAAGAUUUUCAAACAUAAAGGCAAGAACUUCCUGAGACCCAACCAGAUGAAUAUCAAUGUGGCAACGUGGAGCCGGCUCAUGAUCAAACGUGCUAUACCCCAAACCUGUUCAUCAGAGAGCUCUGCUCUAAGUCCUCCUAUGCAAAUCACCUCUCCAAUCCCUCUAGAUCGAGGUCCUCCCAUCUACCAGAUCAACUUUGAGCCCAAGACUCCAGAAACCCAAACUCCUGCUGCCAACGGGACCACGCCCAGGUCUCCUCUACAAACAGAAAUGCCAGAAUUAUCCGAUGUCACACAAGCAUUGUCGAUGUUUGACUUCCUGCCAGAUCAAAGUUUAGAUGCUCAGACUGUGGACCUAGACAACACCCCUGCAGACCUGCCUCCGCAACCCCCCAUCCCAGCCAAGAGGAAAAACAGAGAGAUCGUGGCGCCAGCUCCAAAAAUAACAGAACCAGAGCCUGAAAGAAGGCCCACAUCUUUGCUCACAACUGAUAACUUCCGCUGCAUUGCUGUACUUGGAAGGGGACAUUUUGGAAAGGUUCUUCUAGCAGAAUACAAGAACACAAAUGAACUGUUUGCUAUAAAGGCCCUGAAGAAGGGUGACAUCAUUUCAAGGGACGAAGUUGAGAGUUUAAUGUCCGAGAAGAGAAUCUUUGAAACUGCAAACUCCAUGAGGCACCCAUUCUUAGUCAAUUUGUUUGCUUGUUUCCAAACUCAGGAACAUGUGUGUUUUGUAAUGGAGUAUGCCCCUGGGGGUGACCUGAUGAUGCACAUACAUAACGAUGUCUUCUCAGAGGUGCGGACAGUUUUCUAUGCAGCCUGUGUGGUCUUGGGAUUGCAAUAUCUUCAUGAACAUAAUAUUGUGUACAGGGAUUUAAAACUAGACAACCUGCUCCUGGAUGCUGAAGGGUACCUGAAGAUAGCAGACUUUGGUCUCUGUAAAGAAGGGAUGGGUCAUGGGGACAGAACCAGCACAUUCUGUGGGACGCCAGAGUUUCUUGCCCCCGAGGUUCUCACGGAGACCUCCUACACCAGGGCUGUGGACUGGUGGGGGCUCGGCGUGCUCAUAUUUGAGAUGUUAGUUGGGGAGUCCCCCUUCCCUGGUGAUGAUGAGGAGGAGGUGUUUGACAGCAUAGUUAACGAAGAAGUGCGAUAUCCACGCUUCCUGUCCUCAGAGUCAAUUGCAAUAAUGAGGCGGCUUCUCAGGCGUAACCCAGAGAGAAGGUUAGGUUCCAGUGAACGUGACGCUGAAGAUGUUAAGAAACAGGCAUUCUUUAGGAAUGUGAACUGGGAUGAUCUUCUGAUGAGGAAAACCAAACCACCGUUUGUUCCCACUAUUAACUCAACAGAGGAUGUAAGUAACUUCGAUGAAGAAUUCACGUCAGAACGCCCAAUCCUGACCCCACCUAAGGAGAGACGCCCACUCACAAACAACGAGCAGUUGCUCUUCAAAGACUUUGAGUACAUGGCUGACUGGUGUUAGCAGUGGUUGGUUGAAACCUUUGCAUGUAACCUCAAGAAUGUUGAACAAUUUGCCACGAGCCUCAGCGUCUAUGACCUUGACCUAACCAAUGUUGAGUAGGAAGGCAUAGUACGUGGGUUAUGUGGACUUGUUUGCUGAACUGAGCAGCUCUGGGUCACACAGAUGUAUCGCACCAAUGUCACAGAUCUUCACACGUAGAAAAGAACAAAACAGACCUUGAAAGAUGCAGCUCAGCAAGUGGUGGUUAUUUCCUGUUUUUAGCUUGUGUUUUCAUGUCUUCAUACUUCACAGAGAGUUUGUGAGCAAGUUUGUCAUAACCAGUACCAUGGGGAUCCAUUCUAUGGACUCCUUUUGGGAGGCGGAAUUUCAACUAGCUGUUCCCCUUGGGAGUAGGAUGUCAUUUUGUUAACUGAGCUGUCUUUACCGUCCAGUUCUAGAUUACAGAGGAGGUGGCCAAGUGACAUGCAUUGAAGAUCUGAUGUUUCCAUGAAUCGUCCAUGUUUGACUUUGACGCAUGUUUCUCCCUUUAAAACUGCUGGAUGAUAUUUGGACUGAUAUGCAAAGGUUUUUCUGAAGUUGAGGGCAGACGAAAUGAGAAGUUAAAAUAGUCUGAACAAUGGGGAACAGGGAGUGAGACUUUCAUGCUAGUAUGUGAAGAGUGCAGUCAUUUUCACUGUCAGGAACAGUACAUGACUGGAUGUAUUAUUUGUAGUUUGAAGGGUAAUUUCUACUGUCAAUUUGUGGCAUGAAGGAUCAACCUCUUCUUAAGCUAAUUGGAUGUGGCCACAACUGUACCCAAGAAACCCUUUGAAGGCCAGUCAGCAACCUCUUAUAUUUAAUAGCUGUGAACUUUGUGGACAU